AUGGCAUUAAAAAAUAAAUUUAUUGUUGCAAUGUUUGCAUCAAUUUUUAUUAUUUCUUCAUUAACCUUUUUAUUAUUUGAUGGUGGUAUAAAUAAAAACUUUAAUCAAUCAUUACCACCAAAGUGGAAAAUAAAUAUUGGAAAAGAUGGAAAUGUGGAAUAUUUAAAUGAUAAAAAAAAUGUUAAUGAAAAUAAUGAAAAUAAUAAUAAUCAUCAUAACUAUAAUAAUGCUAAUAAUCACAAUGCUAAUAGUGAUCAUAAUAAUGCAAAUAAUAAUAAUAAUCAUAAUAAUCAUAAUAAUAAUCAUAAUAAUCAUAAUAAUAAUCAUAAUAAUCAUAAUAAUAAUCAUAAUAAUCAUAAUAAUAAUAAUCAUAAUAAUAAUAAUAAUAAUAAGAAUGGUAAUAAUAAUAAUAAUAAUAAUAAUAAUAAUAAUAAAAAUCAACAACGUAUUCAAAACACAGAAAAUCAUAAUCAACAAAGUUUUAAAAAGAAAGAAAGUAGUAAUAUUAAAGAUAAUCGUCAUAAAUUACCAAGAUUUAAAGAUGAAAGUCAUAAUCCAUUCAAUAGAAUUGAUAAAGUUUAUAAAGAAAAUGAAAAACAAAAUAUUGAAAGAUCAAGUAAAGUUAGAGAAGCAAUGAAAUUUAGUUGGGAUAAAUAUAAAGAAAAUGCAUGGGGUCAUGAUGAGUUACAUCCAGUUUCAAAUACAUGGAAUGAUUGGUUUGGCAUGGGUUUAACAAUUGUUGAUUCAUUAGAUACCUUAUAUUUAAUGGGUUUAAAAAAUGAAUAUAAUGAAGGUAGAGAAUGGCUUGAAAAGGAAUUAAAACAAAAGAAACCAACUGGUUUAAUGAUAUCAGUUUUUGAAACUAUUAUUAGAUUUUUAGGUCAAUAUUGUACAAUGUAUGAUUUAACAGGUGAUGAAAUUUAUAGAGAGAAAGGAAGAGAAUUGGGUGAUUUACUAUUACAUGCAUUUCCAGAGGGUAAACCAUUUCCACAUACUUCAAUUAAUUUGGCCGAUCAUAGAUCUACAACACAAUCUUGGAUGGGAGAAUGUGUAGUUCUUUCAGAGGUUGGUACUAUCUUUUUAGAGUUUAAUCAUUUGUCAAAGAUAACUGGUGAUCCAAAGUAUAAGGAAUACUCUGAUGGUGUAGUUGACGCAUUGGCCGCUAUGAAACCAACCAUUAAAGGUUUGCUACCAAUUUAUGUCUCUAUGGAUGCCCAAAGAUUCUGCAAUAGUCGUGUCUCGGUUGGUGCAAUGGGUGACUCCUACUAUGAGUAUCUCUUGAAAAUGUGGAUCUAUCACGACGGUCGUGAAGAGAGAUACAGUACCCUAUUCCAAGAAUCUGCAGAUGCAAUCAUUGAACAUCUUUACAAAGUGUCGCCAAAGGGUGAUGGGUAUAUCACAAUUAUGGACUACGACGUGCCAACCAACACACAAGAGCAUCUAACUUGCUUUGCCGGCGGUAUGUAUGCAUUGGCUGCUGUCUCAAAUAUUACUGGUGGUGAUGUUGAAAAGGAUAAACUCUAUAUGAAAGUUGGUGAAGAGGUAACUAAAACUUGUACAAAGCUUUACUUAACCUCGGCCACCGGUCUAGGCCCAGAGACCGCUUACUUCAACCAAAAUGGUGAAAUUGAAUUCUCUGGCCAUUCAGCUGCCCCCCACUACAUCCUUCGUCCUGAAACUGUUGAAAGUUUAUUUAUUCUCUAUCGUCUAACUGGUGAUACCAUCUAUCAAGACUGGGCUUGGCAAAUCUUUGAAUCUAUAAACUCUGUCUGUAGAACUAACAAUGGCUUUGCUGGUGUUAAAGAUGUCUCCAAUAUUCAUACACAAUUCGAUGAUAAUCAACAAAGUUUCUUUAUGGCUGAAACCUUAAAAUAUCUUUACCUAAUCUUCCAACCUUCUUCAGUGAUUCCUCUUAAUAAAUAUGUUUUUAAUACUGAAGCCCAUCCUGUAAAAAUUCAAUAUCAAUAA